AUGGAAAGUAAAGGAGGAACUGGGCAGAGACACUGGGCCCAGGAAGAGGUUGAAAUGGGAAGAAGAGAUGAGUCAAACCCUCGCCAACUGCAGAACCAGAAGAGUCGCCAAGACAAAUCAUGGCUCCAGAGGCACUGCUCUUCCCUCCUGCGCCGGGACAAACAAGCCCAGAAAGCAGGGCAGCUUUUCUCGGGACUAAUGGCCAUGAAUGUGGUGUUUUUAGGCAGUGCUUUCAUCUGUAGCAUGAUUUUUAACCAUGUAGCCAUAACAGUGGAUGAUGUUUGGAUUUUCCUGUCCAUUCUCAAAAUUUUGACUCUAAUUUGGAUAGCAUACUAUUUGCUUUUCACUAGGCAGAAGGCCUAUGCAGUCUUGCAUCAAGAUCCUCAUGCAGGGCCAAUCUGGGUUAAAGGAUCUCUAGUCUUGUUUGGAGCUUGCAGCGUACUCCUGAACAUGUUCCGGAUUGGGUAUGAUAUUAUUCACAUUCGCUGCAAAUCCCAGGUCUCACUUGUGUUCCCGUCCAUAGAAAUUCUAUUCAUCUGCAUUCAGACUUACUUUAUUUGGUGUCAUGCAAAGGACUGCACUCAAGUUCACCACAACCUCACCAGAUGUGGGCUAAUGUUAACCUUGGCUACUAACCUUCUGCUGUGGCUGUUAGCGGUGACCAACGAUUCCGUUCACAGAGAAAUUGAAUCAGAACUCAGCCAAACCGCCCAAGAAUCUGAAGGCAAUGGGACAAUUUCUUGCAAAUGCUCAAACUCAACUGCCUGCACGGUCUUCCAGAAAGGCUACAUCUUGCUCUACCCCUUUAACACUGAAUACUGCUUGAUCUGCUGCUCCAUGCUCUAUGUCAUGUGGAAGAAUGUGGGUCGGCACAUGGCUCAGCACCAUUUUGCCCAUGUCAAGCCAAGGUUCAAAGUCAAUGGGGUUAUUUUUGGGCCUCUGCUUGGCAUCUCUGCAAUCAUCAUUGGCAGCUGUACUUUCAUGGUAUAUCAGAUCGAAGCCACUGGUUCCUCUCCUAGCCAACAAGCAUUCAUACUCUAUUAUUCCUACUACAUUUGUCUGUUGCCUGUGAUGACAGUAGGGGCUUUAGUUGGAACCACCAUCCAUGGCUUAGAAGAGAGGGAGUUGGACACACUGAAAAAUCCAACACGAAACCUUGAUGUGAUCUUACUUAUGGGGACAGUCUUAGGCCACAUUGGCAUCAGUUACUUUUCUAUUGUAGCCAUUGUUGCUACCAAUCCAAGGGGUUUGUUGAACAGCAUCAUGGUGACCUAUUCGGUGAGUAUCAUCAUUCAGUGCAUCACCCAGAACAUCUUCAUUAUUGAGGGGCUCCACAGGCAGCCUCUGCAGGUGAUUGGAGGUCAAAGCUGUCCAGCCCAUCCCAUACAAGGCUCUGCCUCAACCCUGAGCCCACCCAAAGACCCUCAAGAACCUGCCUCAUCCACAGCCAACGAGGAGAAAGAGAAAGAUGAAAAAGAGAACCAUGAAGAUCUAGAGAUAAGACACGGAAUCCGGAGAGUCUCACAGACUUAUAUCCAAACAUACAGCCACCUGAACUGGAAAAGGAAAGCUCUGAAGGAAAUCUCCAGUUUCUUAAUCAUGUGCAACAUCAUACUGUGGAUCAUGCCAUCAUUUGGAGCACAUCCAGAAUUUGAGAAUGGAUUAGAGCAAUCAUUUUAUGGCUAUUCCACCUGGUUUGCUAUUAUCAAUUUUGGACUUCCUUUGGGUGUGUUUUACAGAAUGCAUUCUGUUGGUGGCCUUCUGGAGGUGUACCGAUCUGCAUGAAGCAAAUCCAAACCUUCUGAUACUGUCAGCAGAAUAAAAACAGCAGUGAAAAGAUUAUGGAAAUAAUGAUUUCAUUGCACUAUUGCAAAGGUUACAUAUGAAUAAAGGAGAGCUAUUGUCUUGGACAAUUUAUUACAGUGUGGCAGAAGGGAGGAACAAUCAAUUCCUUGGUAAGUGGACCACUCACCAGUGGAAACACAUCCACAGCAAGUUAUAGACUGCCUCAUUUCACGUCGAUUAUGAUUAGUGAUGCUUAACAAUCACUAACCUUAGACAUAUAGUGCUAAUAUCAAGCUUGGAAAACGUGGAAAAAGCUAGCAAUGUUUCCUCUUUAGCAAAACUAUCACCACAAAUAUAUCAAUCAUUUGGGAUGUAACUAUCAAAUAAAGAUUGAAAAAUUGACUGCUCUUAUUAGGGACAUUUGUCAUACAUUCUGACAAAUACUCUCCCGUUACUAAAAAGCCAUCAGUACAUUUUGAAUAAUCUACCCCCAUGAUCAAAUAUCUAUUUAAACAAUUUCAUUAUAUUUCGCACAUUAUUCUACUCUCCCUUGGAAAUAACUUGAAGUCCUACCUCAAUCCAAUUUUCCUGAGAAUGUUUGAACACUUUGUCCUUCUACGCUUCAUCUGGCACUACAAUAUACAUUGCUGCACUUUUGCCUAGACUGCCCUCCCAUUUUACUCCACUUCUCCUAAAUGGUGGUCCUUUUAUGUCA